ACAGUCCAAGUUUCUUCAAAACCAGAGCCUCCCCAUCCCCGUGAAAAUGGCAUUUUCCGCCACCAAACGCCACCACCACCUCAACCUCCUCCUCCUCUUCACUCUCUUUUCACUAUUCUUCUCGUCCUAUGCAAGGCUAGCUCUAGUCCAUUCAGACUCAAAAGCUCUUUCCGCCGUUGUUAUAGACCGGGGCAUCAAUAGUCAACGCUUCCCUACCACUAAUCCUUGCACCGCAGCUAGCGUUUUCUGUGAGCGGAGACUCGCCGAUAACGAAACUUACGUUCUCAGAAUCACCAGGCUCGUGUUUAAAUCCAAAGGGCUCGACGGAUUCUUGUCGCCUGAGAUCGGGAAGCUUACCGAGCUCAAAGAGCUGACUGUUUCUCACAACAAUAUCGUUGGUCAAAUCCCGAGCGAAAUAGUUGAUUGUAAAAAACUCGAAGUUCUUGAUCUCAAAAACAAUAUGUUCGAUGGUGAAAUACCAUCGAAUUUGUCUUCUUUGAUCCGUCUUCGAGUUCUCGAUCUGUCGUUCAAUAAGUUCACCGGCGACUUGAGUUUCUUGAAGCAUUUUCCCAACCUGGAAAGUCUUUCCCUUGCAAACAAUCAGUUUUCCGGGAAAAUCCCACCAUCGGUACGUUCAUUUCGAAACCUUCGAUUCUUCGACUUCUCCGAUAACAGUUUCCUUGAAGGUUCAGCUCCACUGAUGAGCAAAGCCGAUGAAGGCUCAGUUUCGAGGUACCCGAAACGGUACAUAUUUGCUGAGGGAACUGAUCCAAGAAGCAAUAAUGGCGGUCGGUCUUCAGCUCCAUCACCUCAUGGAAGAAACUCCGCAGCUGCUGAAGCUCCAGCUCCCGGUCCAUCAACACCACCCCAUCACAACCACAAAGGUCAUAAGAAACUAAUGGGAUGGAUUUUCGGAUUCCUCGCCGGAGGGUCAGCCGGGGGUUUUUCCGGGUUUAUCUUCUCGGUGAUGUUUAAGCUGGCCAUUGAAACCGUUAGAGGAAGAGGCAAAGAUUCGGGUCCAUCGAUAUUCAGUCCGUUGAUAAAGAAGGCUGAGGAUUUAGCAUUUUUGGGGAAGGAUGAUGGCUUGGAUUCAUUGGAGAUAAUAGGCAGAGGAGGGUGUGGGGAAGUUUACAAAGCUGAAUUGCCUGGAAGUAAUGGGAAAAUGAUUGCUAUUAAGAAGAUCAUUCAGCCACCAAAAGAUGCAGCUGAAUUGACUGAUGAAGAUAGCAAGCUUCUGCACAAGAAAAUGCGUCAAAUCCGAUCAGAGAUAACCACCGUCGGUCACAUCCGACACCGGAAUCUCCUUUCUCUGUUGGCUCAUGUUUCUCGACCAGACUGUCAUUUACUUAUUUACGAGUUCAUGAAGAAUGGAAGCUUGCAAGACCUUUUGCAUCAAGUUUCCGAAGGUACAAGGGAGCUCGAUUGGCCUGCUCGGCAAAAGAUUGCUGUCGGAAUUGCAGCAGGGCUUGAAUAUCUGCACAUGCACCAUAGUCCCCGGAUCAUUCACAGAGAUCUGAAACCGGGAAACAUCCUUCUUGACGAUGAUAUGGAAGCUAGAAUAGCUGAUUUCGGGCUGGCGAAAGCAAUGCCUGAUGCUCACACACAUGUAACCACAUCGAAUUUGGCCGGCACAGUCGGCUACAUAGCACCGGAAUAUCAUCAAACACUCAAGUUCACAGACAAGUGCGAUAUCUACAGUUUCGGGGUUAUACUCUGUGUUCUGGUGAUGGGAAAGCUUCCGUCCGACGAGUUCUUUCAACACACCGAUGAAAUGAGUCUGGUGAAAUGGAUGAGAAACAUAAUGGUUUCGGAAAAUCCGAGCCUAGCCAUCGAUAAUAGACUUCUUGGAAAGGGGUAUGAUGAACAAAUAAUUCUGGUCCUCAGAAUUGCUUACUUCUGCACUUUGGAUGAACCAAAGGAGAGACCCAGCAGUACGGAUGUUAGAUGCAUGUUGUCUCAGAUCAAGAACUAAGCUCAUCAAGGCAACAAGUUUAAGGCUAUGAUCAUGAAAGAAGAUCAAGACUGUUAAAUAAUUAUUAGUUUAUCUUUAAUGUUCAAUUUGCCUUUUUCUGCAUACGAUCCUAUUAUGCAGCAUAAUUGGAAUGCUUGUAAGAAAUAUAGUGUGGCUUCUGAGUUGCCUAUCUAACUUAAAAUUUCGUUGGUAACAUUUGGCA